AUGGCGUUGAGUGAACGCGCGACGAGUGCUUUUGAUACCGGUAGUGGAAAGGCGAUCUUGGGUGUUUCGUUGGCUUUUGCUGUUACAUCGACUAUUUCGCUGGUGCUUAGGUUUAUUGGGAAGAGGUUCAAGAGAACGAGGUUAUCUUCUGAGGAUUGGUUCAUCAUCGUGGCUCAGGCUUGCCUAUAUGGAUUGGCUGUGCUAUGUAUACUUCAGACUUCAAUAGGAGGUGCUGGCAAUAAAGCAACAGAAUGGCCAUACGCAUCUCAUAGUACUCGUAUCUCAAAAUCACCUACAGCUCUGAAGUUACUAAUCUCCAUCCAAUGUCUCUUCGCCGCCUCGGUAGCCUCAAUAAAAAUCUCCAUUUGCUUAUUCUACAACCGCAUCUUUCCUUCCAAACAGUUUCGCAUCGCUUCUUGGAUCACAAUCGGUCUCGCCAGUGCCUGGGCGAUUGGAUACAUCACCUUCGUUCUGGUAUCCUGCAGGCCACUCGCAUAUUUCUGGAAUCCAAACAUUGCAGGUGGCACUUGCGUCAAAGACAGAACCACGCCGUUCAUGGUAAUAGGAGCGCUGGACGCUCUUGUGGACAUCGUGAUACUCAUUCUUCCGCUCCACAUGCUGUACAAACUCAACGUCAGAAUUCCCGACAAGGUUGCCCUCAUAAUAAUUUUUGGUACUGGAAUAUGUAUAGCAGCCAUCUCGAUCGUCCGUAUGCAUACUUUAACCAGGGUAUCACGCUACACCAACGCGCCAGCUCUGAUCCUCACCAUCAUCGAACCCUCUCUUGGCAUGACCGUAGCCUGCGUGCCGCUUACACGACCUCUCUUCCGCGGCAUCUUUCCUCGGCCACUACGGACGGGCAGGGGCGUCGAUGAAUAUGACGGAGGCAAUGCUGGUGGUGGCUUUGGACGAUUGGCGUCGUGGGAGUUGCCCAGUUUCGUGGACAGGAAUCUGUGGCGGGGUAGGGCGAUGGGGUUUGGGAGGGAGGAAGAGUUCGUUACGACGUUGGUGUUGGAGAGUGGGACGUGGAGUGAUGCUGGGGAAGGGAGAACGAGAGAUUUGAACAGCAAUAGUAGAGGUGGUGGAUGA